AGAAAGCAGCUUGUCUAUUAAUGUCUUCCUUCAUGGCUGAGGAUGUAUGGCUACCUGUCCCAGGCUAGCAGACAAAUGUCCACCAUGCAAUCAGCCCAGAUCCUUUCUAGUGCCAUUAAGGACAUGCAGCGCUUCUAUGGCCUGGAGGUGACUGGACACAUGGACUUGGCCACUCUUAACGCCAUGAAAAGACCUCGCUGUGGAGUUCCUGACCGUUUUGAGGAGUCAACAGAGGGAGGUACUCGCCGCAAGCGGUACGCACUUACUGGCCACAAGUGGGAUCAGGACAGGCUGACUUACAGCAUUCAGAACCACUCACCCAAAGUGGGCCAGGAGCAGACCUACGAGGCUAUUCGCAAAGCCUUCCAGGUUUGGGAGAAAGUAACGCCUCUGAGGUUCGAGGAGGUCCCGUAUCAUGAGAUAAAGAAUGGCAGUGAGGGGCCUGACAUAAUACUACUGUUUGCCUCUGGAUAUCAUGGCGAUAUGUCUCUCUUUGAUGGGGAAGGAGGCUCUCUGGCACAUGCCUUUUUCCCCGGUCCUGGAAUGGGAGGAGACACACAUUUCGAUAUAGACGAGCCAUGGACCUUGAACCAACGGGAGAGCUCAGGCGUCGACUUGUUUCUGGUUGCAGUUCACGAGUUGGGUCAUGCGCUGGGGUUGGAGCACUCCAACAACCCUUCUGCCAUCAUGGCGCCUUUCUACCAGUGGAUGGACACGGAUAGCUUCUCAUUGACUGAAGAUGAUAUAAAUGGCAUUCAUCAGAUCUAUGGACCUCCAGAGACUGUCACCACUCAAGCACCUCCCACCACAACCCUGUUUACAACCACUGCCGAGCCGGAGCCCACCACUACAGUGGCCCAACCGAAAACAACCAGAGCCUCGCUGCAGCCCACCAAGCCCUGGGUGCCUCCGGUCCAGCCCACCAGGAGGUCCCAUAGACCCCAGCCCACAGCUCACUCAGAUCAGGAUGCACCUGACAUCUGCGAGGGGAACUUUGACACAGUGACCGUGCUAAGAGGGGAGAUAUUUGUGUUCAAGGGUCGUUGGUUCUGGAGGGUUAGGAGGAACCGGGUUCUGGAUAAUUACCCAAUGCCAAUCUCCUUCUUCUGGAUGGGGCUUCCAGAGGACAUAGAUGCUGCCUAUGAACGGCAUGAUGGGAAAUUUGUAUUCUUUAAAG